AGUGAAGGAGUAUUGGAGAAUCGGAAUUAACUGAGUUGUGGUUAAAGGGAGAGGCAUGUUGUGGCCUUGCACAGCUCACUGCCUAAUGCACCCUCUGCGACUGGCCAGGAACUGUACUGUGUCUCUGCCCCUGGCCAGGAGUUCAGGACAAUUCUCAGGCUGGGGAUUAACUGGGGGGCAGGUACCUGCAUACCUGGAUGAGGCCACUUUACAUCAAGCUGCAUUAUAUGUUCAUUGGCCAUUCUGUGAGAGAAGGUGCACGUACUGCAACUUUAACAAGUAUAUCUCCCCCAGCGUUGAUCAUGAUGCCAUGAGGGAUGGCCUUCUACGAGAGACAGAAACCCUGCUCAGUGUCAGCCAAGUGAAGGAGAUCACUUCGAUAUUCUUCGGUGGGGGCACACCAAGCCUGGCCCGACCGUCCACCAUCGCCCGUGUCCUGGAAACUGUUGCCAGAGUAACCCACGUCCCUCAUGACGUGGAGAUCAGUAUGGAGGCCAACCCCACAUCAGCUGCAGCUUCCAGGCUGGCCGAGUUCAAGGAGGCUGGGAUCACUAGACUGUCUCUCGGGGUGCAGGCGUUAUGUGACAGUGACCUGCGGAUUCUGGGAAGAGACCACACGGCUCAAGAAGCCCUUCGGAGCCUGGAGGAGGCCAGGAAACUGUUUCCUGGUAACACAUCUAUUGACAUCAUAUUUGGGCGCCCAGGCCAGAGUGUGGAAUCAUGGGAGGAAGAGCUGGAGGAACUGGUAGCAUUGUGUGAUCACCAUGUGUCACUCUAUCAAUUGACAUUGGAGAGGGGAACAGCUCUUUACAAACAGGUCCAGGAGCAGGCCCUGAGCAUUCCUGAGCAAGAGGAAUUGGCAGAAAUGUACCAAGCAGCAAGGAGAAUUCUGGGAAAGGCAGGAUUCCUUCAAUACGAAGUAUCAAACUUUGCUAAAAGUGGAGCUGUGUGUGAGCAUAACCUUGGUUAUUGGAGAGGAAGGCAGUAUCUUGGCGUGGGCCCAGGUGCCCACGGCAGGUUUAUACCCUGGGGUGAGGAAAAAUCUCUGCGAGAGGCCAGGAUACAGACCCUGGAACCUGACGACUGGCUCAGGGAAGUGAGACAGUUUGGUCAUGGAACCAGGAAGCGAGUGCAGCAGACUGAAUUGGACAUAUUGGAGGAAUUGCUGGUUUUGGGGCUCCGAAUGAACGAUGGAAUUACACAUCAGCUUUGGUUGCAGUGUUCACCCGGUUUGAGUUUACAGCAAGCAGUGGGGGAUUCGCCUGAAGUGAAGCAGUAUCUGGAGAAGCAGCUACUUGUUCUGGACAACAGAGGGCUGCGGUGUUCCUGGGAAGGUCUGGCAUUACUUGACAUGCUGUUACCCGCUCUCCUCCUCCAACUACAACUCUCCUACCAGAAAUCAGUCACUCACUCCCUGCCUUCGACUGGCUCUGUUCCUCAGGCACUGGGAUCAACAACAACUGCUCACACGUAGAGAGAAACAUAAGUAACACAAAAAAAAAUGUCUUGAGGAGCUUCAUGAGAAAGUUCCAGGAAGUGUGAAGGAAAACAGACAACAAGUAAGGGAGGUAUUUAGGGUAUGUAGCAAAAAACAUGAUCAAGGAUGUAGUUUAAGGUCUAUCAUAAAGGAGGAGAGCACAGGGUAGAGUACCAAAGGGAUUUGUGGGUUAGGAAUUCUGAACCUAGCUUGCUGAAGGCAUACAUGGGGGAAGUGAAGGUUUUGUAGGACAGGCGGGAUAAAUGGAGAGGGCUGGGUGUGGAGGGAGUUACAGAGAGCAGAGGUAGAUGGGAGUAAGAAGCUGGGGACUUUGAAACAAAGGUGUGAAUUUUCAUUUAGCUUCAUAUGCAACUGACAUGGUAUGAGGAAUUAAUUGCUAAAAGGGGC